UCCGGAUACGUCAUCACCCCUCACCGGCUUCCUGACUGCCUGCUGUACUCAUUGCCCGGACUUUCGAAAGUUGUCGUUCAAAGUGAGGUAACUUUUCCCUCGUUAUGGCUGACGAGACUGUGGUGGAGAAAAUGAGCGAAUUGCAGGUGGACGAAAAGAAAAAGGGGGGAGCUGAAAGCGGAAAAGAUGGAGGAAAGAAGAAAGCUAAAAGUGCUGCUGGCGAUUCUGGAGGCAGGACAGAGCUGAUGCCACCACCCCAGUACAUUGAUGAGCGUCUUACUUUGUACAAUAAGCUCAAAGCUGAGCAUGAAGCUCUAAUGGCAGAAAGGGCUGCGAACAAUAGUCGACCCAUCAAGGUAACUCUUCCUGAUGGAAAGGUGGUGGAUGCUGAGUCCUGGAAGACCACACCGUACCAGGUGGCCUGUGGAAUCAGUCAAGGCCUUGCAGACAACACAGUGAUUGCGAAAGUGAACAAAGGUGUGUGGGACCUGGACAGACCUUUGGAGGACGACUGCAGCCUCGAGUUGCUCAAGUUUGAUGAUGAGGAGGCCCAAGCUGUUUACUGGCACUCCAGUGCUCACAUCCUGGGUGAAGCCAUGGAGAAGGUGUACGGAGGCUGCCUCUGCUACGGUCCCCCCAUCGAGAAUGGCUUCUACUACGACAUGUUCCUGGAGAGCAAUGAGGGCGUAUCGAGCAAUGACUUCCCAUGUCUGGAGACCUUGUGCAAGAAAAUUAUCAAGGAGAAGCAGCCGUUUGAGAGGCUGGAGAUAAAGAAGGAAACUCUGUUGGAAAUGUUCAAGUACAACAAGUUUAAGUGCCGCAUUUUGAAUGAGAAGGUUACCACUCCCACCACCACAGUUUACAGGUGUGGUCCCUUAAUUGACUUGUGUCGUGGGCCCCAUGUGAGACAUACAGGGAAAAUCAAGGCACUUAAGAUCCACAAGAAUUCAUCUACAUACUGGGAGGGAAAGGCGGACAUGGAAACCCUCCAGAGGAUCUAUGGAAUCUCCUUCCCUGACCCCAAAAUGCUCAAAGAGUGGGAGAAGUUUCAGGAGGAGGCCAAGAACAGAGAUCACCGCAAACUGGGCCGGGAGCAGGACCUGUUCUUCUUCCAUGACCUGAGUCCAGGGAGCUGCUUCUUCCUGCCUAAGGGGGCCUUCAUCUACAACACCCUGAUUGAGUUCAUCAGAGGUGAGUACAGGCAGAGAGGUUUCCAGGAAGUGGUGACACCCAACAUCUUCAACAGCAAGCUGUGGCACACCUCUGGCCAUUGGCAGCACUACAGCGAGAACAUGUUCUCUUUCGAGGCAGAGAAGGAGAUCUUUGCCCUCAAACCCAUGAAUUGCCCCGGACACUGUCUGAUGUUUGAUCACCGGCCGCGCUCCUGGAGAGAGUUGCCCCUUCGCAUGGCCGACUUUGGCGUCCUGCACAGGAACGAGCUGUCAGGAGCCCUGACAGGCCUCACCCGUGUCCGCCGCUUCCAGCAGGAUGAUGCUCAUAUCUUCUGCACUAUGGACCAGAUUGAGGAGGAGAUCAAGGGCUGCCUGAACUUCCUGCGAACUGUGUAUGACGUGUUUGGCUUCACUUUCAAACUCAACCUCUCCACAAGACCAGAGAAGUUCCUGGGGGAUGUGAGCGUCUGGGAUCAAGCAGAGAAGCAACUGGAGAACAGCUUGAAUGAGUUUGGGGAGAAGUGGGUUCUCAACCCUGGUGAUGGAGCUUUUUAUGGACCAAAGAUCGACAUUCAGAUCAAGGAUGCCAUCGGCCGGUACCAUCAGUGCGCCACAAUUCAGCUUGAUUUCCAGCUCCCCAUCCGCUUUAAUCUCACCUUUGUCAGCCAUGAUGGUGACGACAAGAAGAGACCAGUGAUCAUCCACAGAGCUAUCCUGGGAUCAGUAGAGAGGAUGAUUGCUAUUCUGACUGAAAACUACGGAGGCAAAUGGCCACUGUGGCUUUCUCCGAAUCAAGUGAUGGUUGUACCCGUGGGACCGACAUGUGAGGAGUACGCUCAGAAGGUCAAGCAGGAAUUCCACAACAGCGGCUUCAUGACUGAAGUGGAUCUCGACCCCGGCUGCACUCUGAACAAAAAGAUCAGAAAUGCACAGUUGGCGCAGUACAACUUUAUCCUGGUGGUGGGAGAGAAAGAGAAGACAAGUAACACGGUGAACGUACGCACCCGGGAUAACAAAGUCCAUGGCGAGCGCACUGUGGAGGAGUGCAUUGAGCGCUUGAAACAACUCAAGACCUGCAAGAGUCGAAACGCAGAAGAGGACUUCUGAGCUUUCUCGCUCUUCUGUCAGCUUGUCCUCUCAACAGCACCUUGAGUCUGGUAACUUUAAAAGGGCCAUGUGGUUAAAAUUGGUUUUGGAUGAGGGAUAAAAACUACUCUCACAAUGUUGCCUAGUCUCUGCUAAAUCUUUUUUUUUUUGCAGUUGUCUUUUUUUUGUGGUGUCUUACUAUUUUGUGUUGAACACAUCUGUGUCUUUAAUGUAUUAUCAUAAUUUCGGUUAUCAAGUCUCGUGGCUGCUUUACUCUCUCUGCUCAUACAGAAAUACCAGCCCAGUUGCCAGAAGGAAAUGUUUUCUUUGUUACUUUUUGCAAACCAUGAAUGUUACAUGUUCAUAUUUCAUAUUAAGGUCUCUAAACUGAUGCAACAGAAGCUGAUUUUUGUCAUCUGGAGGUGGAAGGGAUGUUGGAUGACUAAUAUUGAGGCAAGCCGCCUGCCAAGCUGCAUGCCGCAUUUGAACCAACAACCCGGUUGUUUUUGGCAACCUUUUGCAGCGUUUUUACGGGUAAGUUUGUGGCACCAAACACUGCUGGCUUUUUAAAAGACACAAGGUGUAUCUAAUGACACAUUGCGGUGUCUUUCACCGUCCUGCCCCUGCUUAUGUGCCACCACAAAAGCCAAAACUAGUCUUUUCAUAACUAUAACAAAGUCUUUUUUGUGCCCAGACCUAACCACACCUUCGUACAUAAAAUUUCAACAUAUCUGCUACAAAACUAUGUACAAAUGUAUCUUACCCAUGGUUUGCAAAAGCAUUCAAUACAAAGAUAUUUUUCCUGGCAAUUUGGUUAAGAAAUACCACUGAGACUCUCAAUAAGAUUAGGUCUUUAAACAGCUGAUUGAUAAAUGAAGAAAUGGUUUGUAACACUGUCUUAACUGGAAUUGUACAUGCGUUACAAUUUUGAUAAUUAAACAAAUCUAUUCUUUA